GCGCGCCGCCGCCGCCGCCGCGCUGGUAGUGGGGUUUGAGGGCAAUGUCCCUCGUCGAAGGCCUCGACGCAGCUUCUCCCGCCCCUCCUGCAGUCGCUGCCGGGUCCUUCGUCCACUCCUCGUCAUGAGAGGAGACAGAGCCCUGAAGAAAAGAAAUCUGGAUCACAGAAAAAUAUUCAAGGGUCAUGCAAGCCAAUUGUAGCCAACUGCACAGUCCUCCAGGAGCUGUAGGCAGUGAGGAUAUCUCAGCCUCCCAGUGUGUCCAUACAAGAUUGAUAGAAGGUUGUCUUCAUUCUGGAGAUGUUCAUGUCCAGAUAAACACCAUACCUAAAGAAUGUGCUGAAAAUCCAAGCUCCAGAAAUAUGAGAUCAGCUCUCCAUAGCUGUACCCAUGGAUGUGUACAUAGUCGCUUACGGAGUCACUCCCACAGCGAAGCAAGGCAGCCUGAUGAUACUGCCAUGGACUCUGGAGAUCAUGGUAGUAGCGCCUUCUCAGAAUUCCAGUAUCUCUUCAAGUGGUUGCAAAAGAGUCUUCCAUAUAUUUUGAUUCUGUGUGUCAAACUUGUUAUGCAGCAUAUAACAGGAAUUUCUCUUGGAAUUGGGCUGCUUACAACUUUUAUGUAUGCAAACAAAAGCAUUGUAAAUCAGGUUUUCCUAAGCUUAAUAUUUUUAAAUCCAACUUUGGACAAUUCAAGCUUCUGGGAAGUACUUUGGAUUGUUGGAAUUACAGACUUCAUUCUGAAAUUCCUUUUCAUGGGCUUAAAAUGCCUUAUUUUAUUGGUGCCUUCCUUCAUCAUGCCUUUUAAGUUCAAGGGUUACUGGUAUAUGUUUUUAGAAGAAUUAUGUCAAUACUACCGAGCUUUUGUUCCUGUACCAGUUUGGUUUCGUUACCUUAUAGGCUAUGGAGAGUUUGGUAAUGUAACUAGAUGGAGUCUUGGGAUAUUGCUGGCUUUACUCUACCUCAUAUUAAAACUUUUGGACUUUUUUAGACAUCUAAGAACUUUCCGACGGGCUUUGCAAAUAUUUUUUACACAACCAAGUUACGGAGUGGCUGCCAGCAAGAGACAGUGUUCAGAUGUGGAUGAUACUUGUUCAAUAUGUCAAGCUCAAUUUCAAAAGCCAAUUCUUCUCAACUGUCAGCAUAUAUUUUGUGAAGAGUGCAUUAUGUUAUGGUUCAACAGAGAGAAAACAUGUCCGCUGUGCAGAGCUGUGAUUUCAGACCAUAUAAACAAAUGGAAAGAUGGAGCCACUUCAUCACACCUCCAAAUAUAUUAAGUUGUGUAAACUGUUAAGGCCACGAAACACUAAUUGGAUUUGGUUACAGUGACUAUACUAUAAAGACAUCAGCAUCAAUCUUCAGAGCUUGAAGUUAAGGAAAAUGUUUCUGAAUGGUUUUAGAUUAUAAGACUUCAGUGUGUAUCCUGAUUUAUCAAAAGAUUAACUGAAAGAACCCUAUGUUUUAAAAAAUAUGUAAGUAAUGUUCAACCUAAUGCAUAUAGAAAAUUAUUUGACAGGUGAUGGCAAUGUUAAAUUGUAAAUGUGUUUUCUUGUUAAUGUUACCAAAACAGCAAGUGAAUAACUAGAAUUAAUGAUUUUAAAGGAACUCAGGUAUUCUUCCCUGACAUUAUUUUCCAAAAUAAGAAUAUUUUUCAUAGUAUUUUCAGAUGUACAUUAUCUGAAUUUUCUUUAAAAUUGACUUUUAUAAUUCCCAUUCUAAAAAUUCUUAAAAGUUUCAUAAAAUUUGUAUUUUUAAAUGAAAGUUCUAAAUGCUAUAUUUUACCUAUAAGUCAUAUUUUUUAAAAGAAGAUAAUUACUGAGGAUGAUAUAUUUUAAUAUUAUAUUAUUCUUUGUUGUAUGUUUAGCAGUUGCUGAGAAUAGAUGACUUAAAUUCACUUUGUGGACAUCUCAUACAAUCCUGCUGUCAGCUAGCAUUCAUGAUCUUGCUUUUUAUAUAGUGCCAGGGACUAUCUUGAAUUAUUAAAAUAAUUUACAUGGAUUAAAAAAAAAAAAAAAAAAAAAGA